AUGGUCGAUAACACUGACGUGAAAGUUGUUUUGCUCGGCAACUCCGGCGUUGGAAAGACAUCACUAUGCAAUCAAUGGAUAGACGGUAAAUUUGAUCUAUCAUUGACUUCAACUAUUGGAUCAAAUUUCAAACCUAAGAAAAUCAAACUAAUGCAUCGUGAUGUAACUGUUUCUUUAUGGGAUACUGCAGGACAAGAGCAGUUUAAGAGCCUAGUACCCCUCUAUACUCGUGCGGCAAGUUGUGCCAUCAUCGUAGGUGAUGUUAAUGAUGAGUCUUCAUUUGAAGAUUCUUAUGUCUGGCAAUCACUAGUCCUCGAAUCUAAUGCAGAAUGCCCUCCACUAAUACUUGCCUUAAAUAAAGUCGAUUUACUCAGGGAUAACCUCCAAAUAAAAAUGGACCACUUUGUUGAAAAGUACUGCCAAGACUAUGACAGUGUCUGUAUCUGUUCUGCCAAAACAGGUGAAGGCAUCGAUCACGUUUUUGAAAUAGCUGCAUCCAAGGCAGUUGAAUACUCUGACAAGAUUAGGCACCAGCAAGAUGCCUCUUCAAAUUCUCUUACAGAUAGUUCUGGCUCCAAUUCAAAGAAUAAGAAAAAUAAGUGUUGCUAA